AUGACGUCAGUUCUUCCUUACUCUCCCCAGCACUACAGCUCCUUGCCCAGUAUCGAAGAUGCUAGCGAGACCUUGACUUCAGACGCUGUCGCUCUUCUCACCUCGGCAAUAGGUCAUGUGUUCGUCAAGCAUCAAGUUCAAAAACUUUUCGGCAUUGUUUUACUUCACAAUCACUUUACACUCAAAGAUGACGAAAUACUUGUCAAUUUCGGGUCCGUUGCCGUGCCUUGGAAGACCACCAGCUCUGCCAAGCAACUUCUUGAUGUCAAGGGCAGCGCAUGGAGGUUCACCAAGGAUGGGUUGGUCCCGUACGAAUUCACCCACUAUGCGUAUCCUGCCGCAGACAUUGGCGGUUUUCAGUCGUUUCUCUCCGAGCUGAGGGAUCUUCUUUGUUCCUUCGGACUCGUAGAGAAGCUCGGUAUUUGUGCGCUCCAAGACGGAGUCGGCGACAGGGCCCCGCAGGUCGAGUUUACCCAAGGCCGAGCUAACAUUACUCUUCCAUUCGACAUUGAUCCGACGGAAGGCCCAGACAAUUCCAUUGAAGCUUCUUGGGAGUUUGAAUCUCCCUCUGAAUCGAACAGUAAAUGA